GUAGCCCAGUAGAUCAAGAGGACAAUUAAGCCGCGGCUAAGCAGACGUACUUAUCUAGGAGGCGAUGUCAGCUGUCUAUCAAAAAUCUGUCACCUGUCACUCCGACUGCUUACUGCUACCCACUGUUUCAAUAAAAAAUCUAGCCUUUUCUUUCCGCACAAUUCCUCCAUUUUCACGUCCACCAUCAAAAGCUCUCCAGUGUUCUUCCCGCUUAGGCAUAUUAAGUAAAAGCACUUGCCACAGAUUCUGCAUCACCAAUAACAAAUAUGGUCAAAGCCAUUAGGGUUCAUGAACAUGGCGGGCCUGAGGUUCUGAAGUGGGAAGAUGUGGAAAUGAGGGAGCCUGGUGAAGGCGAGAUACGUGUGAAGAAUAAAGCAAUUGGUCUUAAUUUCAUCGAUAUUUACUUUCGGAAAGGUGUUUUUAAGCCUGCUGCAGUGCCCUUCACCCCAGGUAGGGAGGCUGUUGGAGAGGUAAUUGCUGUGGGCCCUGGACUUACUGGCAGGGAAGUUGGAGAUCUCGUGGCUUAUGCUGGUGAUCCAACAGGUUCAUAUUCUGAAGAGCAGAUCCUUCCUGCAAACAGAGUGGUUCUUGUUCCUUCUUCUAUCUCACCUGUAAUUGCUGCUUCUGUCAUGCUAAAGGGCAUGACAGGUCAAUUUCUUCUGCGCCGUUGUUUCAAGGUUGAGCGUGGACACACAAUUCUUGUUCAUGCUGCAGCUGGUGGGGUGGGAUCUCUGUUUUGCCAAUGGGCAAAUGCUCUGGGUGCAACUGUUAUUGGCAGUGUCUCAACUAAAGAGAAGGCGACUCAAGCCAAGGAUGAUGGAUGUCACCAUGUUAUAAUCUACAAGGAAGAGGAUUUUGUUGCCUGUGUUAAUGAGAUAACAUCAGGCAAUGGGGUUGAUGUUGUCUAUGAUUCUGUAGGAAAAGACAUUUCAGCAUAUCCAGGGAUCACUGGCAUGCUUAAAGCCUCGGGGGUUACAUGGUUAGUUUUGGGCAUUCUUCUGGACACCAGAUCCAGUCCCCGUAUCAGCACUGGCACCAAAAUCUCUUUUCUUGACAAGUGCUUCUCUCAUGCAAUAUACGAUAACUCGGGAUGAGCUACUGGAAACUGCUGGGGAGGUAUUUGCCAAUGUUGCCUCUGGUGUCUUGUCGGUUUGUGUAAAUCAUACAUACCCCUUGGCACAAGCAGCACAGGCACAUGAAGACCUGGAGAACCGGAAAACAUCUGGAUCAGUUGUGCUGAUACCAUGAAGCAGAGCAGUUUGUUUCAUAUUCACAAUAUAGAUAGAUGUUGUUUGGUCAAUUGCCAUGUGUGCUAUGCUAUGUAUGCAGAGAUUCAUGUAUGUAAGUUCACCAAGAGAAGUGUUGUUCCUGGAAUAAACACAAAUGCAGGAGUCUGGGUAUUUGGCUGGCUUUUCUGCUUGUAGUUAUUUGAAUGCGCUGUGCUUUUGGUACUUGUAUGGAGUGUGGUUGUAAAUAUAGAAGUUAUUCCCUCAAUGAGCUCAAGGUUUGCAAGGAAGCAGCACAGGAGGAAUAGUAAAGCAAUUUAGGAGAAUCUGAAUAAAGGGAUGACAGGUUCAUUCAAGUAUAGUGUCCUGUAAGCAGAGUAGCUAAGCAAUUUAGCAUCUGGAAUUUUAUGCUGUGUGGAUUUUAUUACUUUCAAUAAGGAGUCACAGCAAUAGAAGAUGAAGCAAUUGAUUUUGGUUGAA